CCCAUCCCCAUCGAUGCUCAAUGUACCCCCCACCCCUUUUCGACUUCGUCUGCUAGCAAUUAGCUUACACUACAUAUACUCCACAAAUCAGAUAGACACAUUGCCAAGUUUCAACUGAUCAAUUAUUCUUGAGAAAGGACCACAUAGACAAGGGGAAUAAACAUCAAGUUGAUUCAUUGCUAGUGCUUGUGAAUGGGAAGGAAGAAUUUGCCAUGCAAUAUGAGCCAAGGAAGUAGAAUAUUACAAACCUUGUCGGAGGGUAUCCAGUGUGAACUGGGAAAAGAAUCAUACCGCAAUUUUAUUUCCUCUCUCAAAAGAGGACAAUCUGAAGGUGGCGAUGAACCCUUCAGUGAAUGUCAAGGGAUCGACCUAUCGAUGAGACAGGAAAAGCUGCUGAUCAACCCUAACAUUAAAACUGAAAAUGACCCAUACGAAUCUUAUAAGUCAGAUGCUGAAGAUAGAAGUAUAGUGGUUGAAGUGGAUCCUUCGAUCUAUUCACCAGUUAAUGAUGUAGAAUUUAGUGAUUAUAUUUGUGGUGAUUGUGGCAUACAAUACCCAGAUGGCGCUGCCUAUGAAACACACUGUAAGGCUCACAAUUCAAUAGAACCAUUUAAAUGUAUUGAAUGCUCUCUUAGGUUCCAGGACUAUGAUACUUUUGAUUUGCAUAAAGAAAUUCACUCUGUAAAACGGUAUAACUGUACUGAUUGCAAAAAGAAAUACAGUUUCAAAUGGUCUUUAAUGAUGCACUCCCAAAUACAUCGAUCCAGGCCUCAAUUGCGGUGUGAAAAAUGUGGACUUUUGUUCUUAAAUGAUGAAUACUUGUCAAGUCAUUCACGUCUUCACCACAUUACAGAGACUCCAGUAGUUAUGGACAUACAAUCAAGUAGUCCUUUGGAUCUUGAUGGUCAAAAUAAAGAGGUAUAUCAAACAGUUUUAAAUUCAAUACUUGACUGUGAGCAUUGUGAUUUAAAGUUUGAAUCUAAAAGUGAUCUAGUUAAUCAUCAGAAAAUGCAUUAUGGUUCUCUAAUGUUUAAAUGUGAAAUAUGUGAGACACUAUGUACAAGUUACUCUGAUCUUAGAGAGCAUGUUCAGUCAAAUCAUGAUGAUUUAGAUGUGCAUUUUUGUGAAAAUUGUGGUGGCACUGGUUUUGUUUCCCAAACAUCAGAGGAUGACGAUGACGAGGAGCCCAGAACUUCUACUUUGCCAAAUCUUGAAGUUCUCCAUUGCACAAAGGGAGGCAGAGGUAGUAGUGUUAAAGAAAAACCUGUGUCAAAAAUUACUGGUGCAGUUGCAAAGAAAAAUGUGAAAAUCAAGAAAUCUAGUGCACAAGAGAAGCAUAUAAGAACUUUAAGAAGUGUUAAGCGUAAGACAAAAACAGUUUUAAAGAAAGUAUCUUUUGAAGUUAAAGUUGACCAAAAUCGCUCCAGAAAAUUUUGUGAGCUAAAAUUUAAGAAGGAUCCUUUCCUAAAUAAAAAAAGAAGCUGCAAAAUUUGAAUUUCGGUUACUAUAUGUUGCUAAUUGCUUCAAAUUAUUUCCUCCCUCAACUCUAUGCCAGUAUACUUUUUUCCUAACAGCACCAAUUUUGAGCUUUGCUUUUGACAACAGUGAAAGAAUGUCAACAGUGAAAACUGUUUGUUUGACUGCCAAAUAAAAUACAUGAAACGCUUUGCA